UAUCAAAAGCUGUAUGAGCAGUUUUCCUAUGCCAUACAGCAAAAGUACCCAGCCCUCAGUGUGCAGGGAGGCAACUACCCACCACCCCCACUGAAGGCCACCAUAGCUCAAAUAUUAGGACUUGUCAAAAUUGGUUUAAUCAUCAUGAUAGCUAGUGGAUUUAAUCCUUUCCCUGCUCUUGGAGUAGACACGCCAUCAGCCUAUACCUGGGCCUCAGAGAAUAAGGUCUAUGCAUGUUUGAUGCUGUUUUUUAUUUGCAAUGCAGUUGAGGGACAGCUGAUCUCUACAGGAGCAUUUGAAGUCACAUUUAACGAUGUCCCAAUUUGGUCUAAAUUAGAGACAGGUCGAAUCCCAUCUCCACAGGAGUUUUUCCAGAUUAUUGAUAAUAACAUGCGUAUGACUCAGGAAGGGGUGAUGUCAUAGCAAGGUUCACUUUGACGCUGAUAGAAGCUGUCAUUUCUGGGUGUUCCUGGCCCAGCUUAUGACUGUCUACACAGAAAGCAGAGUGACUGCCAGUGUGGACAUGAUGCUAUUGGACCAGGAGCACCAGGACAGGACACUUCACACAGGGUCAAAUAUGGACUGAUGCUAGAAUACAACACAACUUACCUAAGACUAGUGUUUUUUUAAUUAUAUGUAUCCAGAGUUUUACUACUGCCUGCAGUUUAUGAAGAGUGCGGGGCAGAGUUAUCUUUGAAGACAUUGAAGGCUGUAGGUUCAAUGGGGUAGGGGGGGGGGGGUAUUGAUUUGGGGAAUUAGAGUGAGUAUUGGGGAGGGGGGGGAAACAAAGGAGGGUAUUAAUUGGAUUAAAGGGGGAGGGGGAUUGAGUAAAUCCUCCAUGUUAAGAUGGUGCAAAUCAUUUUUAUUUUGAUUAGUGGAAGAUGGAAUAUUUCCUAGUACACAAGAUACUGUUUCCAUCAGAUGGUUUGCUGGCUCUUGAUUUCUUCUUUAUUAGUAAUGCAGUGAUACUGUCUGCACUGCAUUUAGUUCAGUAUAGAGAUAAGACAGGGGGUUAUAGGCAUGUAAUAAUUCAGUUCAGUUUUAAUAACAACCUAUUUUGUCUUUAUUUAAUCAAGAUUUUGCCUUAUUUUAUAUGUAGGUUGUUAAAAAUAAUUAACUUUGUGUAUUUUGACCAUAGAUGACUGUUCUUACAGAAAUAAGAAAUUAAUUAGGUGUUAUUAAGAAGCUACUGAUAUAUAGUUAUAGUGAAGUUAUGUCACUUGACACACAACCUUAUUUAAGAGAACUGUGGUCCUUUGUAUAAUUACAGUAUUAAAACUACAUGUUUAUGGUCCAUAGUGCGUAGUGAAUGUCUAGCCUUUGAUUCAGCAUAUUUUUUUCUGCAUAUUUUAACUAGACAUGGGUAUUGUUCUGUCAUACGAAACUGAAUAAAACCAGAUAUUCUAUGUGAAUAAAACCAGAUUGUAAAUAACCAUUCUUAUUACACCACUUUAUUUAAAGCCCAAGAUAUCCUGUAACACUAAGACUAUCUUGGUGAGAGAGGUUUGUUGGCGAAUCCUCUGAAAAUCAAACAAAUUCUUAGUCAUAGUGCUGUGUUCCUCAAUUUAGAGGGUAAUGUUCACUUUCUUUAAGUUGAUUAUAUUGAUAAGAUGUAAUAUGUAUUGAUUAUAUGUAAUGUGCAAUAAAAAGGAUGUUUUAACAAUUA